GAACCAAUCAAAGGCGUCGGCGCUGCCCCGCCCCUUAGCGUCUGCCCUGGAGCGGGAUGGGAGGGGGCGGCUCCGGGCUGUGGGAGGAGCAGGUGCCCCUCCCCCCCUUCAGUCUCUGGAAUGGACCUCCCGAGGAGGCGCUGCCUCAGUUUACCCCCCUGGAGAACGGGGCCUGGGCAGCAUGGGGAUCCCCCGCCCCUGCCGGAGACCUCGGUGUGUCCAUUGGGCCCGCCCGUGUCCCCCGGCCCGCUCACGGCCCCUUUCUUCCCCCUAGGAGAGAACCCUGCCAGGCCCGAGGAGGCCAUGGCCCCGCAGGACUCAGUGACGUUCAAGGAUGUGGCCGUGGACUUCACUGGAGAGGAGUGGGGGCACCUGGGCCCUGCUCAGAAGCAGCUUUACUGGGAGGUGAUGCUGGAGAACUACAGGAACCUGGCCAGCCUGGGCCUUGCAGUUUCCAAACCAGAUGUGACCUCUCAGCUAGAGCGAGGGCAGAUGCCUGGGAUGCCAGAACACAGAGUCCCAAGGACCAGCUGUCCAGCUCCCCAGGGGGAUGGAGCAAAGCCAAGGCCUCUGGACACACCUCCUUUAUGGACCCUCUUCUUUCUCUCAGCCGAUUGGGACACUAGGAUUAAAUCCAAAGAAUCUGCUGAUGCUUCUUGGGUCUUGAAGAUAGGAGGAGCCUCUGAAUGUUAUGCCAGGUCAAAAGAGGAGCAGAGCAAUGAGGAACAAAAUUUUAGACAAGUAAAAAUGAUCAAAGGGAAACCCCCAAGUGAUGUAAGAGGUCAUCAAUAUAAUAAAUAUAGUAGAAGAUCUAAUCUAGAGCCUGUUGUUUUUCCACAUAAAAGAUUAUUUGUAGGAAAGAGUCUUCAUAAAUGUGAUACACAGAGAAAGAGCUUCAAAAUAUAUUCUGAUAUAAAAACAUAUAAUAGAAUCUGUUUAAAGAAGAAAUUUUCUGAUGAUGAUAAAUGUCAGAAAUCCUUUGGCUAUACUUUUGAUCAUACUGAAAAAUAUAGAUCAUAUACUGGAAAGAAACUUUAUGAAUGUAAUGAAUGUGGGAAGUCUUUCCUUCAUAAUACUGAACUUAAUCUGCAUCAGAGAAUUCACAGAGAACAUCUUUAUGAAUGCACUGAAUGUGGAAAGGCCUUCCAGCAAAAUUCAUAUCUUAGGAAACAUCAGAAAAUUCAUACUGGAAAAAAGCCUUAUGAAUGCAAUGAAUGUGGGAAAGCCUUCCACUGGAGAACACAGCUAACUGAACAUAAGAGAGUUCAUACUGGAGAGAAACCUUAUGUAUGUAAUGAAUGUGGGAAGGCCUUUCUCUGGAGCAGUAACUUUACUAGGCAUCAGCGAACCCAUACUGGAGUAAAACCUUAUAAAUGCAAUGAAUGCGGGAAGGCCUUUUGUCAGAACUCAUAUCUUAGGAAACAUCAGAAAAUUCAUACUGGAGAAAAACCUUAUGAAUGUAAUGAAUGUGGGAAAACCUUCCAAUGUAGAACACGGCUUGCUAAACAUCAGAGAAUUCAUACAGGAGAGAAACCUUAUGUAUGUAUUGAAUGUGGGAAGGCUUUCCUCUGGAGUACUGACCUUAUUAGGCACCAGAGAACUCAUACUGGAGAGAAACCUUAUGAAUGCAGUGAAUGUGGGAAGGCCUUUUGUGAUAAGACAGGUCUUACUCAACAUCACAGAAUUCAUGUUGGAGAAAAACCUUAUAAAUGCAACAAUGAAUGUGGAAAAGUUUUCCCCCGAAGCACAACACUUAUUCAACAUCAGAAAAUUCAUACUGGAAAGAAAUCUUAUCAGUGUAAUGAAUGUGGAAAGGCCUUCUAUCAGAGUGCAGAACUUAAUCAACAUCAGAAAAUUCAUACUGGAGAGAAAGCUUAUCAGUGUAAUGAAUGUGGAAAGGCCUUCUAUCAGAGUGCAGAACUUAAUCAACAUCAGAAAAUUCAUACUGGAGAGAAAGCUUAUAAAUGUUUUGAAUGUGGGAAGGCCUAUCAGAGAGCAGCUCUUACCCAACAUCAUAAAAUUCAUUCUGGAGAGAGACCUUAUAAAUGCAAUGAAUGUGAGAAGGCCUUUUACCUGUAACAAUUGGAAUGAUGCCAUCUGCUGGAGACUUACUGUAGAAAAGCUCCACCAUGAGGAGAAGGCCUCUGAGGGCAAGCCAUGUGGUCAAGGUCCUUAGUGUCAGGAAGUGAUGUUUGC